UGUGGCACCAUCAAAUAGGCGGCGCCUACUUCCCAAAUGGGCAGAGUCAAACGAUCUACACUUGUCAUUUGACAAACCUUGCAUCUUGAGUUGGAUUGACAUAUUGCUUAACCAACCGCCGUGGUGUUUACUGUGGUGGCCCUUCCCCCUCCUAUGACGUGCUAUUACUGUUAUAAUUUUUUUCGGGAUAACAGGACGAAAGCUACUGUACUGAGGUGAACUGCUACAGUGUUGCACUAUUGGGGUCAACUGAAGUGUUCGUUCAAACAUAUACAACAAUUCCCUGCUGARUUACAAGUGUCCCUGUUCUACCACUCCUUGCCCCAGUACGGUAGUAGUAUGUCUCGGGAACAGCUGGUGGUAGAGAGGGCGAGGAGGGCCUUCCAGACCGGUAUGUCUAAACCCCUGAAGUUCAGAGUUCACCAGCUUAAGAACCUGCACCGUUUCAUCACAGAGAGACGCAAGGACAUUGCAGAAGCUGUCAAGAAGGACCUUAACAAGACUGAACACAGCACAGAGUUGUUUGAGACCCUGGGUCUGGAAGGGGAGAUCGACGUGGCUGUGGAGAGGCUAGCAGAAUGGGCUGCCCCUCGGCCUGUAGAGAAGAGCCUCCUCACCAUCUUAGACGAGGUAUACAUCCAGCCAGAGCCUUUGGGAGUGGUCCUCAUCAUCGGGCCUGGAACUAUCCCUGGGCAGUGACCCUCCAGCCCUUGGUCGCGGCUAUUGCUGCAG